GCAACCCACCAUAACACCACAAGACGAAGAAGCAGCUAACAGGAAGCCGAGUACAAUAAUGAGGACAGGCGCAGGAAUUGGAAAAGAGUAACGAGUCCAAACAUUGCUCUUUACUGUCGUUACAACUCCCCUUGAUACAGCAUCCUCUUCAUCCUCCUCACCACAGGAGGAACAAGCAGCCAGCCACCUGUGUAUGAAGACAAGUCACAGGCAGCUAUGUCUUCAGCGGUGGAUCUUAAGACCAAGGAGGAGAAGGAUGCAGAGUUAGACAAACGAAUUGAAGCUCUGAGAAAGAAGAAUGAAGCCCUGGUCAAGAGGUAUCAGGAAAUAGAGGAAGACAAGAAGAAGGCAGAGCAGGAGGGCAUCGCCGUGACAACACCUCGGAAACCCCGCCCCCAUGAGCCAGAGACGGACAGGAGGAAGACGGAGAAGGAGAACUUCACUGUCACAGUCGACCUUUCGAAGCAGUCGGGGGACAAGAGAGUCGUGAGCGACUGGAAAUCCGGAGCGCCUCGCGGCCGUAAGACAUCAGAGGAGAGCGACAGCCACCGAGGAGGGCUAAAUGACGGCCACCGAGGAGGGCCAAACGAUGGUCACAGAGGAGGGCCAAACGACGGCCACCGAGGAGGGCCAAACGAUGGUCACAGAGGAGGGCCAAAUGACGGCCACCGAGGAGGGCCAAACGAUGGUCACAGAGGAGGGCCAAACGACGGCCACCGAGGAGGGCCAAACGAUGGUCACAGAGGAGGGCCAAAUGACGGCCACCGAGGGCCCAACGACGGCCACCGAGAAAGGCCAAAUCGAGGGCCCAGCGAUGGCCACCGAGGAGGGCCAAACGAUGGCCACCGAGGAGAGCCAAACGAUGGCCACCGAGGAGAGCCAAGCGACGGUCACCGAGGGCCCAGCGACGGCCAUAGCCCCUCAAGGAGGACAGGGUCGGGACGAAUGAGUCGGGGAAGUCAGAGAGGAGGAGGAGGAGGCCGCCAGGAAAGAAGAGAAUGGGAACCCAGGACACCCAGAGAUGGAGAACCUGGGGAGUCAGUAGCACAUGGACGCAGAGGAGGAAGGAGAGGAAGAGGAGGAGGAGGAGAAGGAAGAGGAGGAGAACGAAGAGGAGGAGGAGGAGGAGGAGAAGGAGGUGGUGGUGGAGGAGGAGGAGGAGGAGGAGAAGGAGGAGGUACACCAGGUGGCAUGGACAGGAAAUCCCAGGAAUGGGAGGAGAAAAGACGACAGAACAUUGAGAAGAUGAAUGAAGAAAUGGAGAAAAUAGCAGAGUAUGAGAGAGGACAGCGGCCGGAUGGAGACAAGCCGAUCCGAAACUUCCUGGACGACCCGAGACGUUCAGGCCCAGCGCCAGACAUAGACCGCAAGGAGGGCAGCAGGAGACAUGUACGAAACUGGGGAGGACUGGACUUUGAUAACGUGAAGACAGGAGCUGAACUGGAAAAAGAGUGGACUAGUCGAAGGCCCGGACAGAAAGGCUCUAUGGACAUGACCAUGUCAAUGACCGGCCGGGAGAGAGCAGAGUACCUGCGCUGGAAGAAGGAGCGCGAGCAGAUUGACGAGGAGAGACUAGCACGCCAUCGUAACGCCACAGGCCAGUGGAGACGAGAGUGGGACGCACAGAAGACGGAGAACAUGUUCAAGGAGGACCCAUAUGCGGCCUCAGAGGGCAUCACACCCGAGCAAGGCAGCAGGAGAGCCCGGGGGCGUAACUCUCGUACAGAGCCUCGGGGCAGGGCCUCAGACGACAGUAAGCGGCCUCCUAAAGCUCCGACCAUUGGCGACUUCCUGUCCCAGGGCAGGACCCCAGGGCAAAGAGGCGAGCGGGGCAGAGGUAGGGACCGAGGACAGAAACCGAGCUACAGCAUGCAUGACAACCGCUGGGAAGGAGAAAAAGAAGAGGAGGACAAUACAAAGAGAGAGGAGAAGACCAAAAAGGAGGACAAGGAAGGAAAAUCCAAACCUCCCACAGCACAGAAGGUGGAGUCCAAGCACGGAGACGGAGAAGAUGACGACGAAGAAUGGGAGGACGCCAGUGACGGAGAAGAUGACGAGGGGAGCGACUCGGAACACGACUCCAGGGGCGAUGAGAAGAAAGACACCGGGAAAGAGAAACCAACCAAGAGCAAAGACAACUCCCAUACAUCUCCCACGCCUCGUUCCCGACGGACGUCGGCAGGAAGCCCCAAAGAGCAGCGGCCUCCCAGGCCCAAGAUCCACAUCCCCCCACCGUCAGCAGUUCAGGAGUCCCCAGAGGGAGGCAAGCCCCUCAGCCCUUUCUACCCGCUGGACGGCCAUCAGCCUGUGUCAGACUGGGGGGAGGAGAUGGAGAUGCUGUCGCCCCGGAGCAGCAUGGAAGGCGAGAGCCCACUGAAACCCCCCAGUGUUGAGGCCAGCCCCCCCCAGAAGAAGGAGCAGGAGCUGGAGGAGGAGACCGAGAGCCAAGCUGCCGGCUCCGGUGAACUCGCCGAGCCACAGAAAGAAGAGGACACAGCCAUAGAUAUUUCCUCUCCUUCAGAAAAGACUAAAGCCCAGCAGACUGUGAUAGUGUCAGAACCAGAGUCCGUCCCCACAGACUCCGCCACCGCACCGCCAUCUGACCCUGCCCCCUGUGAGGUUUCUGACCCCGCCCCCUGUAAGGUUUCUGACCCUGCCCCCUGUGAGGUUUCUGACCCCUCCCCCUGUGAGGUUUCUGACCCCGCCCCCUGUGAGGUUGCUGUGUUGAAGGACCAGGAUACACCUGCUGCCCCAUCACAAGAAGACAAAUUGGACACCCCUCCUCCGUCUCCAGCCGUCCUGGAGGCUGACCAGAGCUCCUCUGAACCAGCAGGAGGGAAAGAUGACGACUCGGCGCCCGCCACAACCGACGCUGCUCCGACAGCAGAGACAGUGGAGUCCUCAGAGCAGACAUCCUCAGGCUGAAGCUGCUGGGAACAAACAUGCUCACUUCUGAGGAGGAUGGAAACAUGAGAUGGACUGUGCCGCCGCCGUGGACGGGCCUCUCUCUCUCUCUCUCUCUCUUUUUCAGCUGUUUCUUUUAGAUCAGUGGGUCUGAUCACCUCUGGGCCGCCGCCAUGCUUUGUCUCUUCUGUUAAGUAUUAAGAUAUGAAGAGUGAAAUCCGCGUCGGUCGCUGGUUUUCAAAAUGUUUUGUUCUCACGGUGGGGUCUCAAGGUUUUCUGGGCUGGUAAAAUGAACUGAGCGUGAUUUGAUUUUGUCCAAAAGACCACACGUGUAGAUGUGUUUUCACAGAUUAUUUAAGAAAAAUGACACCCUCAGAACUUCAUAGAAGUCGGCAACAAGCCAAAUCUCCCCUCUUUAGAUUUUAAGUGUAUUAAUUGAGCCCAUCAAGCCUGGAAGUUUUUCGACCGGAGAAGGGGAAAUGCAGAUGCGGUUGACCUGGUGGUCUAUAAGAGGUGUUUUAGGUGAUGUUAACAAUCGUGGUUUGCAGCACUGACAUGUUGUAGGCUGAUCCAUUCUCCUGCACAGUCUUUUGCCCAUUGCAUUAAGGCAAUUAAGAUAUUUAUGUCUGAGCCCGUCACAGUUAAAAUCUCAUUUUUUUUCUCAUACUAAUGACACAUACGUUUGUUUAUGUGGAAA